CCGCGCUGUCAGGUGUCUCUUUCGCAGGUGGCACCAUGGGGACAGGCUGUGCUACUGUGCCCCAUCCUGCCAGUCCCCAGCGCCCACACCAGCCGGCCCCGCCAUCGUACUGCUGAGAGGAAGCGGGUGCCCGAGCCCGGGCAUGUGCUGCUGGACUAUGCCAUGUCCCCCCCCAGCCGGCGGGCAGCCCCAGCCCCGUGAGGACGCGGCCAGCCCCGAGCCGGACGCCGGGACGCCGGGGUGCCCAGCACCGCCAUGGCCCAGGGCUGGGACACGACGCUGCCGGGGAUGACGACGGGCAGCCGGUCGCGGAGCUCCAGCAGCGAGGCCAGCCUAGCUCCCCGCUACCUCCUCAGCAAGCAGAGCCGCCUGCUCAAUGGGACCGUCCGGGGCAGCCGUGCUGCCUCCCCCAUGGGUCGCGUCAUCCUCAUCAACACCCCCAUCGAAGCCAGCAGCAAUGAGAGCGAUGUCAUCAAUGCCAUCACGGUGGAGAAGAGCAUGGAUGGCAAGCUGGGCUUCAGUGUCCGUGGCGGCUCCGAGCACGGGCUGGGCAUCUUCGUCAGCAAAGUGGAGGAGGGCAGCGCUGCUGAGCAGGCCGGGCUGUGUGUUGGUGACAAGAUCACGGAGGUGAACAGCGUGAGCCUGGAGAACAUCACCAUGAGCAGUGCUGUCAAGGUCCUCACCGGCAACAACCGCCUGCGCAUGGUGGUCCGGCGGAUGGGCCGCGUGCCGGGCAUCAAGUUCUCCAAGGAGAAGACGGCAUGGGUCGACGUGGUGAACAGGCGUCUGGUGGUGGAGAAAAGCGGGUCGACACCAUCAGAAAGCGGCUCUGAGGACGGGCUGCGGCGCAUCGUGCACCUCUACACCACCUCCGACGACUACUGCCUGGGCUUCAACAUCCGCGGCGGCAGGGAGUUUGGCCUCGGCAUCUACGUCUCCAAUGUGGACCCCGGGGGGCUGGCAGAACAGAACGGCAUUCGGGUGGGAGACCAAGUCCUUGCAGCCAACGGAGUCAAGUUUGAAGACAUAAGCCAUAGCAAGGCAGUGGAGGUGCUCAAGGGGCAGACCCACAUCAUGCUAACCAUCAAGGAGACGGGCCGGUUCCCUGCCUACAAGGAGUUGGUGGCCGAGUACUGCUGGCUCAGUCGCUUGACCAACGGGCAGCUGCAGCAGCUGUCUCAAGCCUCGGAGACCAGCUCCUCCAUCUCCUCCUACUCCUCGGGGCCAGCACCGGGGCCGGUGAACGGGCUGGGGACGGCCAGCCCAGGGCCCCCCGCCCGCACUGUGGAUGUGGCCAUCUCAACGGAGGACGGACCGCGGCGAGGCUGGGCACGGGAGCGUGCCGAGCGGGCCAUGCAGACCGAGCCGGCCACUGAAGGGCUGCCGGAGACACGGCGCACAGUGCGGCCCCCCGAGCUGCUGCGGGACACGGCCAUCCGCGGCCAGGGCACCCGUGAGCUCCCCGGCACCCACCCGCGCCGCACCUUUGCACACUCGCCCAAGACGGCCCUGCUGCUGGCUCUGAGCCGGCCCCGGCAGCCCAUCACGCGCUCCCAGAGCGACCUGACUGUUGCCGAGGAGAAGCGGAAGAAGGAGAAGCCAGAGGGACAAGGGGCACGUGGGGCCCCCCCGGGGCUGCACCGCUCCAAGACCCUUGUCAACCUCUUCUUCAAGGGGGGCCGUGCCACCAGCCAGAGCUGGGCCCCCCCCAGCCAGGAGCCCCCCGCCUCCGACCGCCGGCCACGCGCCAAGUCCCCGGCACGCCCCGACGGGGACAGAGUAGGCGCUGUGCAGAAGUUUGUCAUCCGGAGCCUGAAGCGGGAGAAGAGCCGGCGUGCCAGCAUCCUGGGUCCCAUGGGCAUGGCUGCCCUGCAGCCCAACGGCAGCGAGCCCGAGGCCCGGCUCCCGCACAUCCAGGACAGCGCCGCGCGCCUGCUCAGCCCCGACGAGGUGACGGCCGUGCUCCGACACUGCUCCCGGUACCUGCACGAAGGCAGCGUGGAGGAUCUGGUGCGGCCGCUGCUGGCCAUCCUGGACCGGCCCGAGAAGGUCCUGCUGCUGCGGGAUGUGAGGAGCGUGGUGGCCCCCACGGACCUGGGCCGCUUCGACAGCAUGGUGAUGCCGCUGGAGCUGGAAGCCUUUGAUGCCCUGAAGAGCCGCUCAGUGCGCUCGCCUGCCCUCCGCCCGGCCCACCAUGAUGUACCCCCCAAGAGACACCUCAUCACACCAGUGCCUGACUAUCGGGGCGGAUUCCUGCUGAAGCCGGCAGGGGCCCCGGAGCCGGAGGAAGGUGGGGGGCUGCAGGCGAGCCCAGCCCGGCCACGAGCCUCCCCCAGCCCCCACCGCCUUCACCCCCGCACCUACACCCCGCUCCCCGACGUGCCAGUGGAUGCUUACGCCUGCGCUAGCCGGCCCCUGCCUGCCCCCCGCCCCCGGCCGCCCAACUGGCUGCUGGCCGAGCCCCCUCCGGGUGAGGGGCACGGGCCCUCGCGCAGCCCCUGGCACAAAGGCUCCCCUGGGCCGCUGCCCGACGGAGGGCCCGAGGUGCUGGGGAAGCCCCGGCGCGCACGGCCCCCCCUCGCCCCUCUCUUUGGAGGGCCAGGGGGUCAGGCAGGGGGAACCGGGGUGACCACCAAUGGCCCCGGGGACGGUGGCAGGGAGGAAGAAGAGGAGGAGGAGGAGUAUCAACUGCUCACCGUCACCCUCUCCAAGCUGAAGCACUCGCUAGGGAUCAGUAUCUCAGGCGGCAUCGAGUCACGGGCACAGCCGGUGGUGAAGAUCGAGAAGAUCUUCCCCGGGGGAGCUGCCUUCCUCAGCGGCAUCCUCAAGGCGGGGCAGGAGCUGGUGUCGGUGGACGGGGAGAGCCUGCAGAACGUCACCCACCAGCGGGCCGUGGACAUCAUCCGCCAGGCCUACCGCAACAAAGCCAAGGAGCCCAUGGAGCUGGUGGUGCGGGUCCCUGGAGCCCCCCCGCAGUGACGCCGCAUCCCCACCUCCCCCCAUGUUCGAGGAGCCAGCCCGUGCUUCAGAGGAACCGCAUGGCCCAUCGCUGCACCAGGCUGCACCUCAGCGCAGCCAGGCUCGGCCCAUGGGCACGCAGCAGCUGCCCACAGCAGGACACGAGGUGGGAGCACCAGUGGUGCCAGGGUGCCCCUGACCCUGCUCCAGACGUACAGACACAGCCCUGAAAAAAACCCUCAAACCCACAGCCAGGGGCUUGUUUUUAAUCGGCGGUACAUGGGCAGUACACGGGCGAGCCGGGCGCUGGGAGGGGGACUCCACCGAAAUAAAGUACAAAAAUUGC